GCUGGCAGGAGCAACACUUCACCGACGAGCCUUUUUCUUGGCCAGAUUCCUUGCGGUACUUGGACAAAGCUGGGUCGCAAGGCGUCACCCUGAAGACGAUCGUUGCCGGACCAAAUCCAGCUGAAAGCAAGGGUGUUGUGCUGUUUGUGCACGGUUUCCCCGAAACCGCGGCAGCUUGGAAAGAGUAUAUUCUUCACUAUGCAGCAGCUGGGUACCAUGUGCUCGCACCGGACAUGCGCAAUGUGAACAACAGCAUGGCUGAAAGUGGCACGCUUUCCUUUGACCUCUUGUCUGAUGACCUGUUGUCAUUGGUGACAUCUACAGGUCAUGACAAGGCUAUUGUGGUCGGACACGACUGGGGCGCCGUGAUCUCUUGGGUGUUUGCUUUGCGCUUUCCAGCCAGGACGCAGGCAUUGGUGGUCAUGGCCGUUCCCCACCCGGAGCUAUAUCGUUCAUACAACCUUGUCCGGCUGCCAUUCUCUGUCACGCAUGUCUGGUAUUUCCUCUUCUGGGGGCUGACUGGCCCACUUGCGCGGUGGAAGGCCGCCAAGGACGAUUUCGCCUGGUUCAUUUCGUUCGCUUUUGGCAGUAGCAGGCCCAAGACCUACAGCAAGGAGAUGAUCAAGAGACUCAAGGAGGUGUAUGCACGCACCUAUCAGUCAGACACUCAUUGUCCUCUGAGCACUUGGUAUUGGAUGGGAAACGAGUGGCUGCUGAAGAGCGUGUUGCCACCGUCAGUGCUCGGACCUGGCACCAUAAAUAGUUUGUGGACCGAUGGACAAACCCCAAGUAUUGUUCCAACCUUGCAGCUGUUCGGGAGUGAUGACAUCUAUGUGUCUCCGGGAAUGGUUGGAUGGUCCGCAGACUCCAGGUACACUGCGCACCCAUCCAAGAGAACAGUGGUAUACGACGCUUCCCACUGGCUUCUUCACGAGAAAAAGGCCGAGAUUCUGCAGGAAAUGGACGCAUUUAUCCAGUCCUCGCCGUAG